AUUUCCUGAUACAAAGCAAAAUUAAAAGUUAAGUAUCUAAAAAUACAUGUUAAGAAAAUUUAAAUUUUCAAUUGUCAGCUUUUUUGCUUUUAGCUUUUAAAUAAUUUUUUUCAGCUUAAAUUUCUUUGUCAUUCUUAACCCUGUAUUGGAUAAAGAGAUUACACUUUCCACUUUCAUUUUCUUCAUAUAAAUUACAGAUGUACAGAGAGUACCUAGAUAUAGAGUAAAACUGUGUCAUCAAAAUUUUAUGGGGGGUUCAAUUAAAAAAAAGACCUAAAAAGUCUCUGGAGGAAGGGGAAAGCGAGACAAUAAUGAAAAAAUAAAUAAAAGGUUGAGAAAUGCCGCUCUAACCCAUUUGGAGAAUGCAAAAUGAAAAGCGAAAACAGAAGUAGAAAGCAAGGGAAACAUUCAGAAAUUGAAAAUUUAGCAUGUUCCCUAUUUAAGACACACACCAAGGAAGGUCCGCAGAGAACCUAGAGCCCAGCUCACAGUCGCCCCCCUCAGCCAGGCCAGCAGCAUCUGCAAGAUCCCCAUGGCCCUGCCCUUUACCUUCCCGCUGGCCCUGCUGGUGCUCAGCUGCAACUCCAUCUGCUCCCUGGCGUGUGGCCUGCCUGAGACCCACAGCCUGGGUAACAGGAGGGCCUUGGCACUCCUGGAACAGAUGAGGAGAAUCUCCCUUUUGUCCUGCCUGCGGGACAGGAAGGAGUUCGGAUUCCCCCAGGAGGUGUUUGAUGGCAACCAGCUGCAGAAGGCUCAAGCCAUCUCUGUCGUCCACGAGAUGAUCCAGCAGACCUUCCGCCUCUUCAGCACGGAGAGCGCCUCUGCUGCUUGGGAUAAGACCCUCCUACACAGAUUCUGCAAUGGACUUUAUCAGCAGCUGAGUGACCUGAGAGCCUGUGUGAUGCCCGAGGUGGGGGCGCAAGAGGCUCCGCGGACGGAUGAGGACGACUCCAUCCUGGCUGUGAGGAGAUACUUCGAAAGAAUCACUCUCUACCUGCAAGAGAAGAAAUACAGCCCUUGUGCCUGGGAGGUUGUCAGAGCAGAAAUCAUGAGAUCCUUCCCUUGAUCAACGAACUUGCAAGAAAGAUUGAGGAGUAAAGGAGGAGACCUGGCUCAACAUGGAAAUGGUUCUCACUGACUAAUAAUACCCCACUUCGCUGCAUUCUGCCCUGACAAAGACGCUUAUUUCUGCUGUAAUCGUGACACGACUCAAAUCAAUUUGUCAAAUGUUUUGAGAACUUUUAAGUAACAUCAUGUUUAACUCUGUAGGUGCUAGUGGCUUAAAUGACCAUGCUGAUUUAUUUAUCUAUUUAAAUAUUUAUUUAUUUAUUUAACUAUAUGUAAGAUUUUAAUUAUUUUUGUUCAUGCAAUAUGUGCACCUUUACAUUGUUGUUAAUGUAACAAAAUCUAUUUAUAUUAAGUAAAUUUAUUAUUUUAUUCAUUAAAUUUUUACUAUAGAAAACUUCUUGUAUUUGUUUAUUCUUUAAAAAAGAAACACCAGUCUUGCAUGGGCAACCUGAUUAAAGAAUAGAUAGUACAAUUCAUUUAGCUACCAUUAUUGUAUUCAAGUUAGAAGUAAAAAUAGUUUACCUGUAAGCCAGGUCAUAUGUUACCCCGAGGAGAUAGAGGUGAGCAUAAGAAAUACAUUUCCUGCUUUCUUCUAUCUUUGAUUUUUGUAGGGAAAAUGACCUAAAACCAAUAAUCAGUUAAUAUAUGAUUAAAUACUUUUUACUUUCUAAGUUAAUGCUAAUUAAUAUGAGAAAUGAAUACCUGUUGAUGUAAUGCUAUAAUUAGAGGAAGAGAAAAAAUAGAUUUCUCUGAGUAGAAGGUGGAUCAAGCUAUAUCAGGAUAUAAAAACAGAAGCACUGUAUAUUUUUUGUAUGGGGUAGACAUCCAAAUGUCAAUGUCCAUUGGAUAGUUGAGUUCAAUUUACAAGCAGUUAACUGAAAAGAGUGGAAACA